UUGCGCCGGCGCAGAGGCUCGCGACCCGCGUGCGGGCUGCGGGCGGUGCGGGGCUGCGGCAUGGACGGCUUCAGCAGCGAGGAGCGCGCCGCGUCGCUGUCGGCCGAGUACCGCGUCUUCUUCAAAAAUGGAAAAGGACAAUAUAUAUCUCCAUUUCAUGAUGUUCCCAUUUACGCUGAUAAGGACGUGUUCCACAUGGUCGUGGAGGUGCCACGCUGGACGAACGCGAAGAUGGAGAUUGCAACAAAGGAUCCUUUAAAUCCAAUUAAACAAGACGUGAAAAAAGGAAAGCUGCGUUUCGUGGCAAAUUUAUUCCCUUAUAAGGGAUACAUCUGGAACUACGGGGCCAUCCCGCAGACUUGGGAAGACCCAGGACACAAUGACAAACACACUGGCUGUUGUGGUGACAAUGACCCCAUUGAUGUGUGUGAAAUUGGAAGCCGGGUCUGCGACAGAGGCGAAAUCAUCCGGGUGAAAGUUCUCGGCAUAUUGGCCAUGAUCGAUGAAGGGGAGACCGACUGGAAGGUCAUUGCCAUUAACGUGGACGACCCAGAUGCGGCCAAUUUUAAUGAUAUUAAUGAUGUCAAGCGGCUGAAGCCUGGCUACCUGGAAGCAACCGUGGACUGGUUUAAAAGGUACAAGGUUCCUGAUGGGAAACCAGAGAACCAGUUCGCUUUCAACGCUGAAUUUAAAAAUAAGGAGUUUGCGAUUGAUGUUAUUAAGAACACUCAUGACUAUUGGAGAGCAUUAGUCACCAAGAAAACUGAUGGGAAAGGAAUCAGCUGCAUGAACACGACCGUGACUGAGAGCCCCUUCAAGUGCGAUCCCGACGCUGCCAAAGCCAUCGUGGACGCUUUACCACCACCGUGUGAAACUGCCUGCAGAGAACCAACAGACGUGCAUAAGUGGUUCCAUCACCAGAAGAACUAAGAAAAUGUCUUUGAAAUGCAAGCUGAGAUUCCUGAAUCCUGUUCAUCUGGAAGUAUCAGAUAAAGUAGUUUUCCAGAGCUUAAAAAAUUUGUAGAAUUAAUCUAGGUGAAGCCAAUUCUGCUAUGACCAAUCCGAUAGAUUUGGAAUUUUGCCCGUCUGAAAGCAUUUUUUUCUUAUCUUCAACUAAGAAACUUUUUAUUACGUGCUUAAGUAUCAAAGCGGUUGUAAUUUAGAGGUCAUUGGUGAAUACAUGUGCAAGAUAAGUACAGAUUGGAUGUAUGUGUUUCCCGUGUGUUAGGAAAUAAAAUUACAUCAAUGAAA